AUUUUGCCCGUUCAUGUCAAGGGCCAAAGACCGGUGCCCCACGAUUCAAGUUAAUAUAACUCACUCAUUGGACGGCAGUUGCACAGUAGGGAAGCGACUCCCUGGAAAUUACAUUUGACACACCUGUCGUCAAUUGCUUACAGCUGAGCCGGAGUAGUAACACAAGACCGAGUAGGAUACUUCUCUCACAAUAUUGGAGGUAUCGUGCCUUUGAAUCGGCUGUUGAAUCUAACCUGGUCUUCAGGGGUGGCGAUAAGACAGCUAAAGGAGCUCCGGGAGACAUGGAGUUCAAGGAUCUAAUGACCAGGGUCGGACUCUGGUAUGGGAACUUCAUGAAUAAUGCAGACCCCAGGACAGAAGACUGGUUUCUCAUGUCAUCGCCGCUCCCCCAGACCGUAGUAAUUGUGGCGUACAUCUACUUUGUGAAGCGGCUGGGGCCUAGGCUCAUGGAGAAACGCAAGGCCUUCCACCUCAAAGAAGUUCUCAUCAUCUACAACUUCAGCGUCGUUGCCUUGUCCCUCUACAUGUGCUAUGAGUAUGUGAUGUCGGGCUGGGGGACAGGCUACACGUUCCACUGUGACCUAGUGGACUACUCGGACUCGCCGCAGGCAGUGAGGAUGGCAGGGACGUGUUGGCUCUACUACUUCUCAAAGUUCAUAGAGAUGUUGGAUACGAUCUUUUUUGUUCUGAGGAAGAAGAACAGCCAGAUUACAUUCCUCCAUGUCUACCAUCACUCCAUAAUGCCCUUUACCUGGUGGUUUGGUGUCCGCUUCGCUGCAGGUGGCCAGGGGACGUUCCAUGCCCUGUUGAACUGUGUGGUCCAUGUCAUCAUGUACUCUUACUACGGGCUGUCUGCCCUGGGCCCCGCCUACCAGAAGUACCUCUGGUGGAAGAAGUAUCUCACCACCAUUCAGCUGAUCCAGUUUGUGAUCGUGACCACCCACAUCUGGCAGUAUUUCUUCAUGAAGGACUGUCCCUACCAGUUCCCCAUCUUCAUCUACAUAAUAGGCCUCUACGGCCUGGUCUUUCUCCUCCUCUUCCUCAACUUCUGGUACCACGCCUACACCAAGGGUAAGAGGCUGCCCAAGGUCCUUCAAGCCAAAACUUGGGCCCACCCCUACAAUAAAACUAAUGGCCAAUACAAUAGUGAAAUAACCAACGGGAAUGGUUUCCAUCACGACAAGAAUGAGUGACAGGGUGUCCAGCAAAUCAGGCUAAGGAUUGGGGGUUUAAUGCAUUUGAAUAUCAGCCUAUUCAGCAACUGAAAUUAGACAUGGAUUUCCAAUAUAAAAGUCAGCGCACCUUUGAAUUCAAAGAGAAUUGACACCAACCCUCUGGACCUUCUGAUCUCUUCUGUUCUCUCUGCUAAGGCGCAAUCUCUUCUGUUCUCUCUGCUAAGGCGCAAUCUCUUCUGUUCUCUCUGCUAAGGCGCAAUCUCUUCUGUUCUCUCUGCUAAGGCGCAAUCUCUUCUGUUCUCUCUGCUAAGGCGCAAUCUCUUCUGUUCUCUCUGCUAAGGCGCAAUCUCUUCUGUUCUCUCUGCUAAGGCGCAAUCUCUUCGGUUCUCUCUGCUAAGGCGCAAUCUCUCAAAGCUUUGACCCAAAGCUGUACUGUACUUUUGUAUUACAUAUUUUCCAUUUUUAUACCUGUGCAUUCCUUUCCUGUUCAGGGUGAGUCUGUGUUUUUAAUAAACAGAUUUUGAAUGUUAGAUAAGUGUUAGGUUAGCCAAUGGUGAGACCGUUCAGUAGCUUUGUCUAGUUCUGUCAAACCAGCCUGAAUAACCCACACUUCCUAUGACCUGUUCUCCUCUGCUGUUUAGAAUUGGUGCUGAAGCUCUCUAGUUUUGGCUGCAGGAUUCAGCUUUGUGACCUUGCGUUCAGCUGUUUUUUAUUUUUCAAUACCUGUAGUUUUUAUACAUUUGUUUGUACAUUUAAUUAUAAACAUUUAUGUAUUAUGUUAUUGGAGUCUAGCCUUGAGGUUGAUUUUGUCUAUCGGCCAUCUCCCAGUAAGGGCCUGAAUUAUUUCCUGGGCCUGUUCUCAUGGAUGGGAAAAACUCUGGGCCCUACCCAUAGUACACCUGUAAUGGUGGAUGGGUAUAGGAAAACCAUUGUGCCAGUAAGAACUGAUGUUUACAUGUAUACUGAGUGGAGCAUAUUCGUGGUGACCCCCUCUUUUGUAAAUUCCUCACCCACUUCUCUGGUUUGAGCCACAGCCUCUACUGGUGCUGAGAAAUGUUCAACGCCAACCUGCUCCUGAUGACAGUUGGCCUACUUUAAAAACUGUAUUUAUGUCCAACAGAAAUGACGGUGUGAAUUUGAAGCCAGAUAGGAAGGAGGUAGUGCAGUACUGUUCUUGCAGGAUCCGGAGCAGAGCACAAGUUUAGCUUUAGCUCUGUCACAAGCAUGGCACAAUAUUUGAAAAACAGUAGCCGUUGUUUACCACUACAUGCAUAUUCGUUAAAUCUUCUGUUCCAAAUUGAGUUCAGUUCAGUUAUGACUUGCUAUGCCAUGCUUAUGACCGUUUUAAAGUGGACUUUCUCAUUGAAUGUUCAUAUUUGGUGCUCUCCUGGUGAUUGAGGACACAGCAUUAGCUGAGUGUAGGAUGGGCCUCCACAGGUGUAGUAAAACCCCAGUGCCUUGGGUGCAGGCUGAGUCCAAUAAGCAACAGCGAAGUAGCUGAUCUGCAAAUUAUUUGCUGAUGUUACCCAUGUGGGUUACGUACCGUUCAGUGCCUUUGUCAGAGCCCCUCCAGCUCCUUGAUGUAGUUAUGAGUGUCCUCCAGACAUGAUGCCACUAUUUCUGUAUAAAAAGUCAUUUGUAAAUGUAAUAUUUGUAUUUAUGAUAAAAAUAAAUGUUCUUUAUACUGUUA